ACUUCCGGCUGCGCUCUGUGGCGCUCAUUUUAGCGGAUUUUGGGUCUGCCCUUCCCGACCGUGUGCAAGCCCCCUUUGUCCAGUGUUAGGGGGCGAAGAGUCUAAUGGAGCUGUUCUAGGGGUAGUAUCCAUCGUGCACCGGGCGCUGUUAGUGACAGCAUUGUCCAAGUCCCCAUCCUCAUCGCCCUGCCUUCUGUGCUCGCCUGGCUGAAUGGCUGCGCCCACGCUCAAGCCCCAAGCUUAGGUAUCUAUGACAACAGAAGUGGAUAUGGCCCUCAGGCAGGGCUGUGUGACAUUUGAGGAUGUGGCCAUUUGCUUCUCACAUGAAGAAUGGAGACUUCUUGACAAGACUCAGAGGCUCCUGUACCUCAGUGUUACCAUGCAGAACUUUGCACUUAUAAACUCCCUAGGUUGUGGGCAUAGGACAGAAGAUGGAGACCAGAGGGCUUCUCCACAAGCAUCACAGGUUUGCAGAUCUGAGACAGUGCCAUGCAUACCAAAAACUCACCUCUGUGAAAAGUGUGUUCCGAUUCUUCAAGACAUUUUGCAGCUGCCUGAUCUACCUAAGCAGAAGCAUAGUGUAGAGGCAUGUUCAAAGAUCGAUCAGCACCAAAAACAUGAUAGUACAGAAAAACCCUUGAAGAAGAAUGUUGAUAAGUCCUCAUAUUUGAAACGAUGCCUAUUCCGCAUGUCAGCAAAGUCCUUCCCCAAUUGGGAUGUUGAGAAGGAACUCCCAGACAUACUGAGCAUUCUCAAGUCCCAGGUCUUUCCCAACAUUAAGAAGUCCAGCAAAAGUACUGAGGGUGGGGAAGAAACUCACAGUCAUAAAAGUCACAAGUUAGGAGACUGUGGGAAGCCUUCCAAUCAAAAACAAACAGUUCCUCACCAGCCAAAAGCCUCUACUGCAAAAAAGCUUUAUGAGUGCAACAAAUGUGGGAAAACCUUCCGUGGCAAAUACUCACUUGAUCAGCAUCAGAGAGUCCAUACUGGAGAAAGGCCUUGGGAGUGCAGUGAUUGUGGGAAAUUCUUUAGCCAAACCUCCCACCUGAAUGAUCACCGUAGAAUACACACUGGAGAAAGGCCUUAUGAGUGCAGUGAAUGUGGAAAAUUAUUUAGACAGAACUCCAGUCUUGUUGACCAUCAGAAAACUCAUACUGGAGCAAGACCUUAUGAGUGUAGCCAGUGUGGGAAAUCCUUUAGUCAAAAAGCUACACUUGUUAAGCACCAGAGAGUUCACACUGGAGAAAGGCCUUACAAGUGUAGUGAGUGUGGGAAUUCCUUUAGUCAAAGUGCCAUUCUUAACCAACACCGGAGAAUCCACACUGGAGCAAAGCCUUAUGAAUGUAGCCAAUGUGGGAAAUCCUUUAGCCAGAAAGCUACCCUCAUUAAACAUCAGAGAGUUCACACUGGAGAAAGGCCUUAUAAUUGUAGUGAGUGUGGCAAAUCCUUCAGUCAAAGCUCCAUCCUUAUCCAACACCGGAGAAUUCACACAGGAGCAAGGCCCUAUGAGUGUGGCCAAUGUGGAAAGUCCUUUAGCCAAAAGUCUGGCCUCAUUCAGCAUCAGGUAGUUCACACUGGAGAAAGGCCUUAUGAAUGUGACACCUGUGGGAAUUCGUUUAGCCAAUGCUCUAGCCUCAUUCAUCACCAAAAAUGUCAUAAUGCAUAAGAAGCCUCAUACAAGGAGCAAAUGUGGAUAUGCCUUUAACCCAAGGCCUAAUAUCAUUUGAGAAAGCCUUAGAUUUAUCGGGAAUGACCUCUUCAGGUUUUUUUGUUGUUGGUGGUGGUGGUUUUUUCAGUAUUAAGACACUAGAGGACUUGCAAGGUAACCAACUACUAUCUGAUGUUUAUCUUAAUUCUUCCAGCAUCCAGGGGAAUGAGAUUAUUUAGGAGUUCAGGCAUGGGUAGGCUUGAGAGCUACUUUCCCCUGACCGAACUUGCCAGGGUUCUUGCCAUUUAUGUCAGUACCAGUGUUUGUGGUGGAAUCCAUCAUUCUCUACCACAUGACCAGUGUGUAGUGAUCACCCCAUCAUGCUAAGAAAAGGCAAAUUGACUGUGCCGGUUGCUUGGAGGAACUCUCGGAUGGAGUAUUUAUGGAGAAUUCAUUCCCCAUUUUUAACUGAUUAAAGCAUGGGUAUGACUCAGCUUUUACCAGGAAGAUCCAACCUAUUGUCUGCUGAAAGUGUCUACAAUUUGCUUACCUGUUUCUUUAAAAUAGUAAUUUUUAAUCAGUGUCACAUGACAGUUGUGUGAAUGUUUCCAGCUUUCCAAUUACCAGUUGGUCACUGCCUUUUCCCCAUUGCUCUGGUUUGUACAUUGAUAAAUGCCUUAUUCUUAAAGCUACCUUUACUCUUAGAGUCCAGUUUACUAGGUGGGAAGGCUGGAAAACAGACUGAUCGUUCUAGGAAAGGAUGGACAGCUUUUGUAGAUGGUCUCAAGUUGGUAUACCUCUUUAGGGACAGCAAAAUGAAGAUGGCAAAUUUGUAUUGAGUUCAAGGACAGCAUCAGGGGCUGCGGGAACUAUGUUAUUGUAGUUUAUGAUUUGGAAACUUUCUGAGGUCAUCCUGAGAAGUCUAUUGACGUAAGCUUCUGUACUUGUGGAAAUGCAAUGAAUUUGCUCUAUUUUUCUCAGAGGAUAUCCUUAUACUGCCAUGACAGAGAGGCAGCUCGUAAGGGUCUACAAAGAAUGUGCCCCAAUAGUAAUUAUUCUGUAGGUGCCAACCUAUGACAUGACCAUUCAUGAGAUCAUCAAAGCCAGAUGUGAACCAUCAUUUGCAUACAAAUUAUGAGUAUAAUUUGGAGUCUGCAGCCCGCCAGCCAGAAUGUGCUUGGAAAAGUACACCUGUCUGUCUGUCUUUGUCUUUGGCUGUAUUCAGAGGACCUAGAGUUUUGUGUAUGCAGAGUAGCUGAGGUUAUUGUCAAAAACAAUAAGGUUUUGUGGGAUAGUAUGGUCUGUCUUGAUUGUUUACCUCAAGUCUGUUGUUUAUAGAAAUAGGAAAAUGAGGAGAUGGAGAUCUUAUAGUGUUGGAUUGCAGCUGUUGUAAUCACAAUCCAGCCGCUGUAUUUGUGGUCUGGUAUGACAGCCUUCACUGCUUGCCAUUAUGUCCUGCAUUAAUAAAGGGCUGCCCUUAUUCAUGCAUGAGGACAGAAUUGAAGCAAAAUGGGGGCUACCAUGCCUUCUGGUUUCCAGAAAGUAGGAGUUUUGAGCUUUGUUAUUUUGAGUCACUUUUUAAUAAAGUUUAUGGAUAUAUUAGUGAAAUGCAGUUUUAUCUUCCUUCAAAAAGUCUUAACCUCAUCUUCGUGAUGAUGAACUUGUCUGUUAUUUACCUCAUACCCUGUUAAACUCUUCCCCAUGUUCCCAGACUUGUAAGUGUCUAGUAGUUUAAUAGCUUCUCCUUUAUAUUGCUAUACUGUGUUUGGUUUUUAAUAACUACACCACUAUCCUUUCAUCUUUUAUCCAUUCAGCUCUUGGUGGAUCCUUAAGUUAAAUCCUUUCUUGAGCUGUUACAUAUAAGGCUAUAAUGGAUAUACUCAUAUGACACAGUAUGUAUAUUUUCUUUUGAGCCAAUAAUUCAGAAUGUGUGAAUGUUUCUAUUUUUAAGAAAUUGUCAGUCUGAUCUAGAUCUAGACCAGGGGUUCUCAACCUUCUGAAUGCUGCAACCCUUUAGUACAGUUCCUCAUGUUGUAGUGACCCACAGUCACAAUUUUUUUUGUUGCUACUUCAUAGUUAUAAAUUUGCUGCUGUUAUGAUUUUCAAUGUAUCUGUGUUUUCUGAUGGUUAUAGGCAACCCUGUAAAAGGGUUACUUGACCCCCAAAAGGGUCGUGACCCACAGGUUGAGAACCACUGUGUGCACACUUUUGCUUGUCCACACUCUUUUAGUGUGUGGUAUGGUUAAUGUGUUUGCUUUGAACCAUUUAAAUAGCUGUAUAAUAACAUGCAGUAUCAUCUUAAUUGCUUUUGUGGUGUUUCUUGAUAUUGAGUAUUUUUGUGUGUUUAUUUGUCAACUGUAUGUGUUUAAAACUUUUUUGUCUAUUUUCAAGUAGAAAUUGGUGUUAGUAUUCUUUUCAUUAAUAAACAGAUGUGCACUAACAAUA